AUUGACCAAUCACCGAGCUCAUCGCUGAGGCUCCGCUCAACGCGCUCCGCCAUUUUGUAGCGCUUUAAGAAAACUCAGCCAAGCAGCAAAGUUGCGGAUCAGAGCUGCUGUUCUACGUUGUGCAAUGGACGGCCGCCUAGAGACUGAAUUGUAUCCUCUGGGAUCAAGUUACGCAGAAUUAGACGUUGUUCAUGAUAUUGCAGUUGGCACAAAGAGAGGAUCUGACGAGUUGUUCUCCUGUGUUUCCAGUGGGCCCUAUAUCAUGAGCUCAGCAGCCAACGGCAACGACAGCAAGAAGUUCAAAGGUGACAUCAGAAGUCCUGGCAUCCCGUCCAGAGUUAUACAUGUCCGGAAGCUGCCCAAUGACAUCAACGAAGCGGAGGUCAUCUCCCUCGGCCUCCCCUUUGGCAAAGUCACCAAUCUGCUCAUGCUGAAGGGAAAGAACCAGGCUUUCUUGGAAAUGAAUUCUGAAGAAGCAGCCCAGACGAUGGUUACUUACUACUCCUCUGUAACGCCCGUCAUCAGAAAUCAUCCCAUCUUCAUGCAGUACUCAAACCACAAAGAGCUGAAAACAGACAACUCACCAAACCAAGUGAGGGCACAGGCAGCACUGCAGGCGGUGAAUGCUGUCCAUACAGGAAGCAUGACUCUAGGUGCCAUUGACCCAUCCGGAAUGGCUGGCCCCAGCUCUGUCCUGAGGGUCAUUGUUGAAAACCUCUUUUACCCUGUGACCCUAGAUGUUCUACACCAGAUCUUCUCCAAGUUUGGCACAGUGCUGAAAGUGAUUACUUUCACAAAAAACAACCAGUUUCAAGCUCUCCUCCAGUUUGCUGAUGGCCUGACAGCACAGCAUGCCAAGCUGGCUCUAGAUGGACAGAACAUCUACAAUGGCUGCUGUACCUUGCGCAUCAGCUUUUCCAAACUUUCCAGCUUAAACGUCAAAUAUAAUAACGACAAGAGUCGUGACUACACUCGCCCGGACCUGCCCACUGGGGACAGCCAACCUGCUAUUGAACAUCACGCUCUGGCUGCUGCUUUUGCUGCUCCCGGGAUCAUCUCUGCCACGCCAUAUGGAGGAGCGCACGCCUUCCCUCCAGCUUUUGCUAUCCAGCAGGCUGCAGGGUUGACAAUACCUGGGGUUCCCGGAGCCCUUGCCUCAUUGGCCAUUCCCGGGGCAGCCGCGGCCGCUGCGGCUGCAAGCAGACUGGGCUUCCCGUCCCUCCCCGGCACCCACUGCGUCAUGCUGGUCAGCAACCUGAACCCUGAGAGAGUUACGCCAAACUGCCUCUUUAUUCUCUUCGGUGUAUAUGGGGAUGUAUUGAGAGUGAAAAUCAUGUUCAACAAGAAAGAGAAUGCUCUCAUACAGAUGUCUGAUGGGACCCAGGCUCAGCUGGCGAUGAGUCAUCUAAACGGGCAGAAGUUAUACGGCAGGCCCCUGCGCAUCACGCUUUCCAAACACACUACUGUCCAGAUGCCACGGGAGGGACAUGAAGACCAGGGGCUGACCAAAGACUACAGCAGCUCUCCUCUCCAUCGCUUCAAGAAGCCAGGCUCCAAAAACUACUCCAACAUCUUUCCUCCCUCAUCUACCCUGCACCUGUCUAACAUCCCACCCUUGGUUGUCGAAGAUGAUCUCAAGAUGCUCUUUGCUAGCAAUGGUGCUCUGGUCAAGAACUUCAAGUUCUUUCAGAAGGAUCGCAAGAUGGCUCUGAUUCAGAUGGGUUCGGUGGAGGAAGCGAUCGAGUCCCUUAUCCAGUUCCACAACCAUGAUCUCGGAGAAAACCACCAUCUUAGGGUCUCUUUCUCCAAGUCCAUCAUUUGAGAGAAAUAUAGUCUGGAAAGGACUGGAGUGGCCAGUCACUUCAAACCUAAAUGAGUCUUAAUCACAAUGCUCACUUCCAUCAUUCCAUUAUUUUAUUUAAGAGGCAUUUUAGUGGAUAUUUUACAUAUAAAUAUAUUUUUUCAAGGUUUUAGAACAGCUGUAUUAUUAGUUGGGCCGAGAAGUUCAUUAACUCUUGCAUCACUCCAUCUCUCACUUUCAGCCUAUUUAAGGCUUGAUUUCUGUAGAAGCAGAGAUAAACCACUACAGGCCUUUGAUUCCAUUUGUGCCUUACUGCUUCAGAUCUCCAGAACCUCAGUCAAACAUCUGCAACUGAUGUUUGCAAAUCUGUAGUUUACAGUCCAUUUCAUGCUCUUAUGCUCCUGUGAGACAUGGGUAACUUCAUCGGGCUGAUGGUACAGGCCUAAAACUCGGCACCUCUGCAUUACGUAUCUCCCAGUAGGGUUGUACUCCUCAUAUCCUUUAGCUUUAGCAUUUAUACUGUUUCUUUAGACAUAGAAUGUUUACAGGCAUUUUCCUCCUUCAAAUUUAUGCAAUCAUUUGUGUGUAAAUCUAAAAGUGUUUGUCUAGAUUUGUAUUGUUUGCAUACUGUGGGCCAUUGCAUGUUGGCUGUGGUCAGCGGAUCAUUAACCGCUGUCCGUUUACUGUUUGUCCUUUGUGUAGAUGUUUAGCAUCUGGCUUUAUGUUAUUGUGUGCAAGAGUAGAUUAUUUAAACUAUUCUACUUAAUUGGCACAUAUAUUUUAUGUAACCAUGAACCUGUGUGUAUACUACAGCUUGAUACCAAAGCCUUUCCUCUGUGUUCCUUUGUAAGGGACAUCCUGACACCUUUUAGCCUCACGUUAAACGGCGUGUCCUCAGAGCAGUGUAUGUCUGCUUUUCUGUAGAGAACGGUGUGAUGGAAACAGUUCAGGUGAUUCGGCCGUCGGAUAUUACUGAUAAUCAGCACAUCUGCUGAAUUGUGCAAAGCACAUAAAGUCUUAAACAUAAUAAUAGUCUUAAUAGAGAUGCAAUGGCCUUUAUUGACCACUGUAAAAUGCGUUUGGCCUUUAUUCUCUCCCAAACCUCCCUUAUUUUCAGAUCUGACAAGUGCCUUUUUUAAAAAGCAUUUCUUGACAUUCAGCUGCAUUACCGUUCAAGUUCAUUAAUUUUUUUUAUAAAGGCCCAAAAUGAGGCCCAAAAUUAUUUGCCACUCAGACCAGAUAAUAUACAACAAAUCUAAUAUUCUUAUUCCCAGCAAUGUUUCACAGUGGAUCAAUUUAUUUUACUUUACUAGUCUUAUUUUUUUUACAUUGGGUUCUGUGUAUGAUGUUCUUUCCCCUUUGUUACAUGUUAUUCUAUUGGUGUGGGACCAAUCUUAAAAUAUUUGUAUUCUUCACAGUGGCUGGAUAAAACCUGAUUUAUGCAUCCUUGCACAACAUUAAAAACACUCAAUAUACAACAUCUGUCUUAGAUUAUAUAGUGCUUUUUCUUAUAGUGGACAGAUGAGGUGUAAAUACUAUUUUUGUACCACAAUAUUAAAAGUUAUGGGUUUUUAUAUCCGUUAAAACAUGUAUAUUUUGAUUACAGCUAUGGGCCAUCAUCAUGCAAAAAAAAUAAAAAAUCAGUAUAAAAGCAGGAUUACACUAUUUUUAGUCUUUAUCUUGUUCUUCAUGACAUUCCUAGUUGUACUUUUUGCCUUCAAUAAACAUUUGUUUACUCAA